GAUUCAUGCGAUAAGAAUUAUCUAAAAGAUCGAUAGAAAUAAUAUAAUAUCUUAUUAAAAAUUAUAUUCUGAGUAUUUCAGUAUUUCUCGACAGCCAGAGUUCUACGAUUUCAGAAAUGAAAUCAUUAAGAAUUCUAUUUUAUUUUGAUGUGUUAUUGAUAUUGCAAUAAAUUGCGCAAUUAUUGUAAAUUACACAGUUGAAAAUUUCCCAGUGUUGCGUGGAGACGUCAUUGAGGAAGUUAAAUAUUGAGAAGUGUCCUUUGUAGUUGAUGGAAAUUGUGAACUCAUUGAUUGAAAUAAUUGAUUUGUUUGUGUUAGAUUGCUUGGACUUUCAGAAUUGUGAAAAACUGUGAUAAAUUAGAGGGAAGUUAAUUUCUGAUUGAUAUAGUUAAAAAAGAAAUUGAAGAAGAUGAAUAUACCAAGCAAAACCACUAAAGAUGAUGCAGCGUUAGGUGCAGCUAGUGGAAAUACAUUGAUAGGAACUGCUGCAGGAGCAUCAGCUUCUAUGCAGUUACAAGAAGACUCAAAGCUAUGCAAUGAAGAGGAGAAGAAAGUACCAUCGAAGCAGGAUAUAAUAGAUUAUUAUUCUAAAGGUAAAAAGAAGAUGAAAAGACGAAAAGGAGGAUGUCUUAAGUGUGGCAGAGUAGGCCAAAGCUGUAAAAAACUUCAGAAACCACAAAAUCAUCGAGGAAUGGAGGAGGCACGGCAGCAAGCACUACUGAAGGAAGCACCGGAAAUAUCGUGGGAGAACACGCUGGGUGCACCGGACGGAGUACCCUUCGAUGACGACACUACAGAACUGCUACGAAAAUGCAUCGAUGUCUCCACACCGACACCCACGAACCUCGCACAGAUCAUCAAACGCAGCGAGGCUUUCCCUAUCAAUUUUCCAGUGAAAACGGUCAGAUGUUCCAGUUUGAGAGAUAGAGGAAUUAGCACGGACAUCCUAGAGAUGAACGCGAAUUCGGUGUACCCCUUGAUACACGAGGCGAUGCUACCCCUACUCGCAAGAUGGCUAAAGCACAAACGAACGCACGGUAGUGCCAUCGAAAGAGCGAUGUACCAAGACAUGGGACUUGUACAGUUCAUUCAUAGAUUGUUAGAGAAACGAGCCGUGCACUUUUUUGGAGCUAAUGAUAAGUGGAAGCUGAUCGACGGGAAAACGGGAGUGCAGGGGUGGGAAAAUGUCGGCACGGACCACGAAAAAGAACCCCUUGUUCUAACAAAAUGUUUGUCAUACGACGAAAUCAAACUCUCCGCAAUGGUAGCGAUGUCUUCCCACACCGAAUUCAUCAACGACGGCUCCCGAGAGAACAGAGGCGUUGUCAGUCCCGAUCCAGACUCCGUGCAACCCAGAGGAGUGAUUAUAGGUGUCGUGGGAACAAGAUUCUCACGACCCCGCGUGAUGGAGUAUCAAGAUAUACUUAUUACUCCUCUGCAAAACACCGUGGAGAAUGGGUAUGGACCGACAGCAACACCGAAUUCGGAAGAUGCGCACGAUUUGAGGGUUGUAUGGUCAAAAUUUUAUGGAGAAGAUUAUCAUCCUCUGCACGAGGAAGCUGUGAAGCGGGUCAAAUCGAAGGACAAUAAACGGUACCUUUCUUUGUGCAAUGAAACCAUCUUCGACAUCGAGAACUACAUGAAGAGGACGUUGCUCACUGUGGAGAUCAUACUUCUGGAAGCGAAUACUCGAGCUGAGAAACAAAAUACAACUGCUUUCAUACAUGUUGUGGGCUUUGGUCUAGGUGUAUGGAGAAUAAUCCAAGAUCAAGAAAUCUACUUUUUGAAGACGUUCGAGAUCGCCAUAAAGAAGAUGAACAAGAAGCUUAGAUACGUGUCGGACAUAAUGUUCGCUUACUUCAAUCAACAGAAAUGCGGCGACGCGGGAAAUGGCGACUAUCUUGGAGAUAUAAGGAUUCACUUCGCCCUCAGAGAACCUCAUAGCAAAUUGUUCAGACCGACGGACGCUAACAAGCUUCUCGUGGUGACUUAUGCUUGGGAUGGAAACGCGUUACCAGGAAAUGAAUUCUGGUGCGGAUAUUUGUCAUCGAGCGGCGAUCCUGCAGCAGCUUGCAGCACUCAAAUCGCAGAACUGCACACAGCCAGAAUAAAUCCUCGAGCUUGCGGCGCAAGUUUGCACGUUGCAUCAGCGGCGCACGGUAUUCUGCACAUAUCUGACUACGCGAAGCUACAUCUUGCUUAGUCUUGGAACUUUGGGUCUUCAGAACUUUGGAAACUUUGGAUUUGUACGUCUUCCACUUUUGGGAUUUUGGCACUUGUGGCGGUUUCAUUCCUAUUUUUAGUGGCGUAGGAGUGAAACCGUCACAGAAAUUUCUUUACAAUUUUGGGAACUCGAUAGUUCAGAAUUUUGAACUUCGAGAAGGGAUUUUUUAACUUUAAUGCCUC